AUGCCCGGGGAUGACACGCACGAGCAUUCGUUGUCGGCGCCCCAGAGCCCGGACGCGCUGGAGGCCCAGUCCUUGCUCUCCGACGACGUAGAACCCAAUUCGCCUUCCAACCCCCCACGGCUCGCGUCCAAUGGCAUGCGCCAGUCCUCCAUUUCCCAACCGACGACAGACGGGCAGCGUCGCACCCCGCGGACCAUGAACCAUGUCCGGUUUGACAUCGAUGAAGAUUCGGCAGCAGCAGAGGACGAUCACCAUUCGAACGGCCGUGCUCACAGCCUGGAUGAUGAGCUGUGGCUAAAUGAAGAGGACUAUGAGCUAGGAGACCAGGGCGCGCGAGGUGCGCGACAUACAGGACAGGCAGUUCCUCUUCUCACGGACAUUGAGGCCCCUAGCGUGACCCUCGCCACCUCAGAUGACUUCUUCCCCGAAGACCACCUCGAGAAUGCCCGCCCCCGAAGCGGAAUGAAGAUGGCGUUUAUGAACAUGGCCAACAGCAUCAUCGGGGCUGGGAUCAUUGGCCAGCCGUAUGCACUCCGGCAGGCGGGCAUGGCUAUGGGGAUCCUGUUGCUCACUGCAUUAACCAUCACGGUGGACUGGACGGUCCGCUUGAUUGUGGUCAACUCCAAGCUCAGCGGAGCGGAUUCCUUUCAGGCGACUAUGCAAUACUGCUUCGGGAAAAGCGGUCUUAUUGCCAUUUCUGUGGCACAGUGGGCCUUUGCUUUUGGUGGCAUGGUUGCCUUUUGUAUCAUCGUCGGCGAUACCAUUCCCCAUGUGAUGAGCGCGUUGUUCCCGUCUCUGCGAGAGAUGUCCUUCUUCUGGCUUCUCACGGAUCGUCGGGCUGUAAUUGUCUUGUUUGUUUUGGGUGUCUCGUACCCAUUGUCUCUUUACCGGGACAUUGCCAAGUUGGCAAAAGCAUCUGCGCUGGCGUUGGUUAGCAUGAUCAUCAUUGUUAUCACGGUCAUCACGCAGGGAUUCCGUGUACCCUCUCAUUCUCGUGGAGAAAUCAAAAGCCAUCUCAUCAUUAAUUCGGGAUUCUUCCAAGCGGUGGGAGUGAUUUCUUUCGCGUUUGUCUGCCACCACAACAGUCUUUUGAUCUAUGGAUCCUUGAAACGGCCGACACUCGACCGCUUUACCAAGGUCACCCAUUACUCCACCGGAGUCUCGCUGAUAAUGUGCCUUGCGAUGGGCAUCGCGGGUUUUCUAUCAUUCGGAUCGAAAACCCAAGGCAACGUUUUGAACAACUUCCCAUCUAACAACAUCAUGGUCAACAUCGCCCGAUUCUGCUUCGGCUUGAACAUGCUCACCACUCUACCACUCGAGGCCUUCGUCUGCCGAUCCGUUAUGACAACCUAUUACUUCCCCGACGAGCCCUUCAACAUGAACCGCCAUGUCAUCUUCACUACGGCGCUGGUUGUCACGUCCGUGAUUAUCGCCCUAAUAACGUGCGACCUGGGCAGCGUCUUCGAGCUGAUCGGCGCAACCAGCGCCGCCGCGCUGGCAUACAUCUUCCCUCCGCUUUGCUAUAUCAAACUGAGCGGCGCCAGCCGGCGGGCUAAGAUCCCCGCUUAUGCGUGCGUUGCUUUUGGGCUGAUUGUUAUGGGCGUUAGCUUCGUACAGGCUAUUGCGAAGAUUAUUAGUAAUAAGGGAGGUGGUGAGACGUGUGCGGUGUUUGUCUCCCAGGCUGCCGUGGUUGUUCGUCCUGCAAUAACUACAAAGACCUCCCACACCUUCCCUGUUUGUUUGCCUUCGUCUGCUUCCACACUUCGCUUUCUCUCCCCUUCCCACAAUACUUUCACCUUCUUUUACAUCCAAUCCACCCCUAAUCCUCCCUUCUUCCAUUCUUACCAUCAUCUUGACAUCUCUAGAACCACGCAAGAAAUCCCCCAGAAACCCAUCUCGAUGGAUUCUGAGGCGAGCGAAAGGCUUCGCAUCCUACAGCUGGCUGAUCUGGGCACUGCGAGACGCGAAAGGAUCUCCACGGCGCACGAUCCUCGCAAGCAGGUCCCGGUCCAUCUCGCCUACAUCGAAGCAACUAGGGAGUCGAAUAUCACUGGGACCAAGGCUCAACGUCUUGCUGAAGAGAACAAGGGGCAGCUUGAGCAAUGGAAAAACCUGCACAAGACCGUCAAUGACACGGGGGACGUGGAAGAUUUGAAUGACAUACUCCAAGGCCAGAGCCAUCGGGCUCACUUGUCUGCCAGCUAUGGUUUCCUUCAUACUCAGGGCCAUGGCCAUCAUCCGAUGGCAGUGCAGUCCGCCGGUCGUGGGGGCGGUGUCAUGGGAACUCGAGGACGCGAACUCGCCCAUGGAUCUCCCAGGGCUUCGUACCGUGGAGCUGCCUCCAAACCACAUCCACGAGCCUCUUACGCCUCAGCUGUAUCGGUCCAUUUGGACCCUGCUCUUGACACCAACAACGGUGUUGCUGCUAGUGCUUAUCGCGGUAAGGGGUAUUUCAGAGGCAAUGGUGUCAAAGAACGAGGCCAUGAGGGCAGGAAGCCAGUCCCAGUCCCCCGACCCACGCGACCGACGACGGACUAUUCCCGACAUGUCAGUACCCCACAGGCGUUCUUGGCUUCGAUUCACAGCCCAGUUCAGCCUUCCAACCUCUCUCCUGCAACUGCCACCUCUCCAGUCCAGAGGCCUGCAUCCGUUGCCAUCACCCCGGAGCCGAAGCGUCCUCCUCCCUCGUUUAGGCCUGAGAUAUCCAUUCCGGUCACCGUGCCUGUGAACCCCAAGGCCAAAGUUACCAAGGCUCCUGCUGCUACGACUGCUCCGUCUGCCGCUAUAGCCAAGGCUACGCAGGUUUCUUCCAUGACAAUUCCCUCAUACCCCAAGUCCGCGGAAGCUCGAGCUACAGUUCGGCUGCCUGCUAUGGCUACGGCUGCAGCUAAACCUAAUCCGGCUUCUCCUUUCGCUAUUAUAGCUGCCACCGCUACUGCUAACGCUCGACCUACUCUACCCUCUACACCAGUUGCGAAACUGGUUGCAGGCGCUCUUCCUGCUGCUACAGCUCGACCUACGCCGCCAUCUGCGCCAGUUAGGAAGGCAAAUGUGUCUGCGAAGCCGAACCCACAGAUGAAAUACCCGGUCGAACUUUUGCUCACUAUGCAAACCAAGGCAGAAAGGCAUCGGCAUGCGGUGCUGAAGUCGACAGCCCCGGAAGACAAGAACAAACAUGCAAUGCAGCAUUUGAGUGCCAGGACUUUCCAUGAUAAAAAAGCUGCUUCCGGGAGCCAGGCCGGUCAGUUUCAAAAGGCCGAACCGCAGGAGAAAGCUCGGGCUGCCAAAGAGCAAGCUUCUCGCACGUGUGUGGAAGUACUGCAGCGACAAGUUGCAUUCCUUGCAAGAGUAGGAGCCGCUCAGGCUCCAAUGGCUGCUUCUCGUGCCGGAAGGACGCAAAGGUCAGAUUCUGAAGCUACGUCGGUGGAUACAUCAGAAAGCGCCAUUUCAUACCCCAAGCCUAUGCUUCCCGAGAAAGACAAUUUCACCCAGUCUGUUUCGAGCGGACAUCUUCUCGAUUUUGAAGCAGAACCAAUGCCCCAAACUGAAUUGCCAGAGCAUGUUCUCAGCCCUGCGCUGGUGGAUUUGACAGGGCUCGAUUUCCCCAAAACCAGACUUCAUGACACAGUAGAGAAGGAACCCUCUAUUCCUGGAACGCCUUCCGUCUCUUGCGAAGACAUUGAGCAGCAGACCCUCUCUGAAAGCGUUCAAGAUAUUGAAAGAAUGCUCGAUCCGAGGUUGGUUGCGAUGUCGAAACUGGUUGACGAGUUCCUGAAACAAAUGAACGAUUACAGGAGAGAAUUUGAAUCACAUGUCACAAAGGCCCUCAGCUCAUCUGGGAAGUCUCAAUCGGCAUCGCAUCAAGUUAUCGCGACACCUCAGGGAUCCUCCCCUUCUGUGAUCAUGCACACCGCGCCGGGCAGUCCAGUUCGAGCUCCAACAACACCCAGCAUGACCAAGACCGACAAGAUCACGGAGAUGCAGAAAUGGCUUUCCCAAUCCGGUGCUAUCUCUAGAGAUGCAGCAAUCAACCAUCCAUCGUUCUCGCGGUAUCGAUCUCCGGUGCGUAUCCCAUCUUCCGGGACAGACUCGCCUCCCGAUGCACAGGAGUUACCAGGAACUCCUCUCAAAACUGCUUUCUCCGGGAAAAUACCAAGCUUUGACACUCUCCGAGUAUCUGAAUCACCUGAUCGUACAACUCAUACUCGUGACCCGGUGAAGAAGUCUGAGCCCGAGCCUGCGGUGAAAGGGUCUACCGCAGAAGGAACCACGGUCUCGGAGACUGUGCCGCCUGGUACGAGCCCAAAGAUCAAGUCUCCCGGUGAUGGUCAACCUAAAAAAAGGUUUAAUUCGAUGAACAAAUCUAUCUACGCAACUCCUGGUGUUCCCAUGUACACUGGCCCUCCACUGUACACUGCAAUCAGUCAGCCAAUCGAUCAGCCACUUGGCCAGGUGACUGAAUUCGGGAAGACAAAGGUCCUCGGCGUUGCCCCGUACAAUCCUUCUGCACGAGUUCCAUCGCUGUCUCAGCGCUCUCAGAAUAUUUCUGUUCGAGAUAUUACAAUGCCAGAUGCUCCUGAGCAGACGGAGCCGAACCAAAUCGGUGCUCGAAGUACUAGCCCCCCUCCAUCUCCUUACGUCGGCCGAACCGACCAGUCAACCUCCGCCUCCUCGGGUGGACUGUACCAGUUGAUGUCGAGUGUGCCACGGAAAGAGGAGAACAAGCCAGCCUCUGGUCCUACAGUGCUUGGUCCUAAGCCGUUCACAAUCGCUCCCGCGUCCUCCUCCGGUGGGCUUUACCAGCCGAUGUCGAGCGUGCCACGCAAAGAAGAGAAGAAGGUAUUAUCUGGUCCUACUGUUCUUGGUCCCAAGCCAUUCACAAUUCCCCCUCGCAAGGAGUCGAAGUUCGCUCUGUCACGAAUUUUCCAGUAA